AUGUCUGUAGAAGCACGGCUUUACCACGUUGAACAGCAGGCCAAACAGAUAGGUCAACAGGUAGAGCUUCUCAAGCAGCUCAUUACCACAGAAGUGUUGGAUCUCCGGAAAGGCAUGGAACAAGAAGUGGCGGAAGUCAAGAAAGUGGUGAUGUAUCAGGAUCGGCUCUAUCAGGAGAGGAUUGAUAAAUUGGAGGAACGCAUUCAACAACUAUCCGACUUCUGUUUACAUUUGGCCCGCUCUAAUGGUUAUAUGGGCCCAGCAGUUGUGACGCUUCCUGUUGACUCGGUUACUCCACCAUCUAUUCCGGAAUACUCCCCUCCGAAAGAAUCAGUUUCUUAUGUGGACAAAAAUACAACAUCAGCUUACGAUGAAGGCGAUGAUGAAGAUGAAAGGACUAAAAGUGUUGAAGGUGUACUACAAAAAUACAAGAAUCGUAUGGAUGCUAUCUAUGGCUUUUACACAACAUCGUCGAUUGAUGUAUUUCAUCCCACAAUGACAAUGACACAUUUUUCUCGUUUCGUGAAAGACUGUCAGUUGUGCGGGCUUUCCCAAGGAACCUCUGCAGAGCUGCUGUGGAUGGCAGUGAUGCGCUCGCUUAACGUUAAGCAGAACAAACGACUAACCCAGGCCAAGGGGUCAGCUAAAAACCGAGACAUCACGUUAGGUAACAACACUUCUACAAGAGAGAAGAAAAAUUUGUUUGCUUAUCAACGCCUUGAGACUAUUCCGAAGCAUUUGUUUGGUGAGUCUCUCUAUAUUCUUUCGAAGGUGAAACAUCGUCAACGACAGAUUUCAGAGGGUGGUACACUUAAUGGUGAAGCACAUACCUUUCCUUUAGACGAAAAACCGGAAGAAACUCUUCUUACCUUUUUGUUGUACCACAUAUUUCCUUAUGUUGAUGCCAUUAUGGGGGAAAAACAUGGGUCACAAAGUUUUGUUUCUGAGUUGGGGGGCAACCAAGACGAUGGCGCUGCUGAUCUAAUCACCUUAGGAGAGGCAACCACUAUCACGGAAUACAAAUCGGAUGCGGUAAAGGCAGUUGUCCAGAAUUUUUUGGGAUACAUCAAGGAUUGUUUUACUCUAGCCAUUAGGACCACACAAGGGUAUCAUAGUACCGUUAUGAACUUGGAUGGUUUUGUUGAAGUUGCCCGCCGUUAUGAAUUACUUCCGCUUAUUCGCAAGCCUCUCCUGCGACAGAUUUUUCUUUCUUGCAGUACUUUAGAGAAGGAGAAACACCCAGAUGCAUUGGAAGAAACACUUUCAGUGGGGACUUUUGUUCUUGCAUUGUAUCACCUGGCCGAAAGGAUUUACGGUGACACACUCAUGGCAAGAAAGUUUCCCACUCCCGAGUCUCGAAUGAAAAAGCUUCUCACCAAAAUGUUUCUUCUGAAUUAG